AUGUCAUACAAUGGCUGUGCUUUAGAACCUGCAGACAUUUAUUAUAUAGUCUCAGAAGCUAUCGUUGCUGUAGCAUCCGUUGUUGGGAACUGCAUGGUGGUUCUAGCUGUCAAAGUGGACAAAUCCCUGAGGAAUGUGACUUUUUUCUUCAUUGUCUCACUUGCAGUAGCAGAUAUAAGUUGUGGAAUUGUGCUGAUCCCGCUGGCAAUCACCAUUGCUGUUGGAUUACAAACCUCAUUUUACGGGUGUCUUCUCAUGGCGUGCAUCAUACUCACCAUUACACAGGGUUCAAUACUGUCUCUUCUAGCUAUUGCAGUGGACAGGUUUCUGAAAGUGAAAAUGCCCACAAGGUACCGCUGCAUUGUUACUCCAUUCAGAGGUUGCGUUGCUGUCGGCAUUUGUUGGUCAACAUCAGCCCUACUUGGAAUGCUUCCGAUAUUUGGGUGGCACAACAGAGAAACAAUAAAGACAGAACAAAAUUCAACUGAUGACCACAUAAAGUGUGAAUUUGGAUCUGUUAUAAAGCUGGAAUAUAUGAUGUUCUUUAACGUUCUGGGAUGGUUUUUCCCUCUAACUAUCAUGAUUAUGUUAUAUGCAGCAGUGUUCUACAUCAUUAGGAAACAGUUCAGCUUCAAGACAGAAAAUGGACAGCAGUCCAUAAAUUACUAUAAGAAGGAGAUGAAACUUGCUAAAUCCUUGUCUCUAGUGCUGCUUUUAUUUGCAUUAACAUUUAUACCUAUGCAUGCGAUGAAUAUCAUAGAGUAUGCCUGCUCUGCUAAUAUUAAGAAAUCUAUCAAAUAUACAGGUAUUAUUUUAUCACAUUUAAACUCAGCAGUAAAUCCUGUAGUUUAUGCAUUCAGGAUAAAAAAGUUUCGGAGAGUAUUCAUCAGGAUUGGAAGCUUGAAUAUUAGUAAUAUGAAUGUCAAGCAGAAGAGACUGAAUGCCCAGUUUAGCUCGGAUGACAAUUUAGACAGCAAUAGAACCUAUGAAUUAACAAAAAAUUCCACAGAAAAACAAGGGAAAUGAAUGUCCCCCUGUAGACACAGACUUCUUAAUAUACAAAUACAGAAUUCAUUAAUUUUCAAAAAUGUGGUUUAUCCUAUUCAAAUUUAUGUGGCAGCUGAAUGUUAGUCCAGCAAUCUGCAGGCAUAAGGCAGACAAGCAAUCCUGCAUGAGAUGCAGGUGCAUACAUGUAGACACACGUAUACACUCUGCGGGUUAAGGGAGAUCACCAAUCCUACAAACAUAUACCCAUGCAUUUAGGUAUACACACAACUCACACAUAUACUUAUAACUGCACUAGUAUGCAUACACACACGUCACACGCACACACA